AUGUUGGGGUUGUUCCGGUGGCUGUACGUGGGCGAUGCGUCCUUGUUCCUCGGCGCGGUGGCCCUGUCCGCGGCGCUGGGUCUGUGGCUCCGGGUGCGGGUUCGGGAACUGGAAGCCGCCCUGAGCCUGAUGGAAUCGGAGAUCGCGGGCAUCCGGCAGAUCGCCCUGUCCGUGACCUCGGAGGGUUUUGAUUCCCCGCUGCUGGGGGCGCUUUCAGAGCGGCUCGCGCGCGCCCACGCGGCGCUCGGGAAGCUCGAACGACUGCAGCUUCGGCUGCGAGCCCGUCGCAAUCUCCUCUUUGCGCCGGUAGCCGCGCUCCUGUUCUGGGGGACGCAUCACACCUGGGCCAUCGACCGUUGGCGUCGUCGGUACCAGCGAGAGGCGCGCGAGUGGAUCCGAGCCGCAGGCGAGUUCGACGCCCUCCUCGCGCUCGCGCAGUACGCCAUCGAGCGUCCCGGCCACGUGUUCCCCGAGUUCGACGCCCUGCCGGGGUUCGAAGCAAGAGGUCUCGGCCAUCCGUUGAUCCCGGAAGUCCGUCUCCAGCGCAAUGACGUUCGCCUCGGACGCGGAGAAGCGGAUGUGCUGAUCGUCACCGGUUCCAACAUGUCCGGCAAGAGCACUCUGCUGCGGAGCAUCGGCGCCAAUUUCGUCCUCGCGCGCAUGGGUGCGCCGGUCACCGCCACGACCCUGCGGCUCGGGCCACUCGCACUCGGCGCCUCGAUCGCCGUCCAUGACUCACUCCAGGACGGGGUCUCCCGCUUCCUGGCCGAACUCCUGGCGUUGAAGGCGGUACUGGAUACCGGCUCAGCCGAGGAACCGCUGCUCUUCCUGCUGGACGAAGUGCUGCAGGGGACGAACUCGGAUGACCGGAGAGCGGCCGCGGCUGCCUUGCUGCGCGAACUCGGCAGGCGUUCCGCCGUCGGCGUGAUGACCACCCACGAUCUUUCGCUCACGGAGCUGGCCCACGAACUCCCGGGUCGGGUCCGUAACAUGCAUUUCACCGAACGGGUGGCGGACGGCGCCAUGGAGUUCGACUAUCAGCUUCGGGACGGCGUCCUCACGCGUGGCAACGCCCUCGAUCUGAUGCGCAUGCUCAAUUUGCCCGCGCCCGAGGGGGAAGUGGCCGAGUUCACUUCACUUCCUGCCCGGGGUCCGGGGAGAGAGCACUGA